GGAAGAGAGUCGCAUGCGAACCUGCUGCCACAUCACGAUGAUCAACCUCUCUGGAAGCACAGCCGUCAUACUUCCGAGCUAAUCCUAUUCCUGGUAUUUCGUGGUAUGCCCGCAGUAGACGUGGUUCCAUUGUUUGCGCCGGCUCCGAUAAUCUUCCACGACAACCGACCAACCAGCUAGCAAUAUGGCAAACAAUCCUAUUGCUAUGGACACCAGCCUGUCCAGCCUGAACUCCGCUGACAACGACACAUCAGCCACUUCAAGUGCACACAUCGACUCCCAACAGUCCAAGUCGACUUCGACAUCUACUUCUCUUACAGCAUCCCCGAUACAGUCAAGAGAUCCGUCACCCUCACGGCCUCCCGCUAACACAGGAAGAACAAGCCGUACCUCUACCUCGUCACCUGUAGCUAGGUCACGCAAGAGCAGUGUUCAGAACCCUAGCCAGCCUAGAACUCGAUCUAACAAAGCCGCCCUUGCAUCCGAAUUAUCGAAGGACGCACCUCGAUGGCCUGUGUCUCCUCGCCUGAAAUCCCCACCCCCUAAUAUUGGUCGACCCGCAGGAUCAGAGCCGCCGUCGAAAAACGAGCACGAGAUAUCCGCCAUAAAUGUUCGACGAGCUACGCCUUCACCUAGCUUGGAAUCUACCUCCCAGUCUGCCUCCGAGAACGAGACGGAGGAGUCGCAGUUGUCUUCGGGUAUGAGAACUCCGGCUCGUGGGCCGAGCAAUGGGUCCUCAACUCUCGAGACGGUCCAGGAAGUCAGCCAGCCGAACACGCCCCGUCCUGGAAUCGACAUAGCUAUUGAAAAGCUUGCCGAGACCGCCGCCGCUCAGUCAUCUCCGCAAUCCAAGAGCUCUUGGACUACGGUCAAGAAGGCCGAGUCUAGUCAGCAUGGCACAAACAGCGAGAGUGGAAGCGAUGGUGGCAACGCGAAGACGAACCCAAGGAGGACGAGCACCGCCGCCACGCCUUCCCUUCACAGUAGACAGUCGAGCACCGCUAUCAAAUUUGGCGGCAAGGGACCGACUUCUGGCGAGAGUUCCUCGAGGAACAUGACCGUGGAGACGGAACAGAUUAACAACCUCCCGGGAAUCUCGUUGGCCCCGAGUGUGAGAGGUCAGGGAGGAAAUGGAAGUCUUCGAACGAAACCAAGUUCGGAGACGAUAAAGCCGAAGAAGGAUAAGAAGAAGCAUACGAGAAAACCUGCUUCUGUUGCUUCGGGCAAUGCUUCUUCUAAAGCAGAUAUCUUCGAGGCUAAAGUUGCCAGCGCGGUCGAAGAGGCUAACUCCUCCGAUUCGGACGAGACUUUCGUGUACGAUUCUAACCCACCGGAUAUAGGCGAACGCCCUCGCCGAUAUCACUCGCGCACGCCGAGUGCAACUUCUAUGGCCAGUCAGGUUGAUCGGGCUGGCAUGCGAUCACUAGGAGGCAUGCUGGAAACUGGCCCCCCUGCUAUCCCUGUGAAAAAGAAUAUGAAGUUCGUGAAUACUUACACCAGCAACGGGACCGAUGGCCCUCUCGGAGACGACGAUGGUCGAGGUACGGGCCGGAGUAAUGUUGGGUCAGCGAGGGGGACUAGCCGCCACCACCACCCCGGCCGCUGGGGUCGGAAUAACGGCAAUAACCACACCUCUUUAUUCGACAACGAAUCUCCCUUUCCUAAUGCGAACAAGUCGAAGUUCUCGAGUAAUAACUCGAGACAGUCAUCUAACCCGCCAAGCCCAAGGUUUAGCACAGGUCGAGGUUGGGCAUCUAGUAAACGACAAAUGACGCUACCUGGUACCUAUGACAUGGAUGAUACGACGACAGGCGCUGAUGACGAGAGAACACCUCUCUUGACUGGCGCGGCCCGAUCUAUCAGAUCUACUCGAAGUCGACGGAACCCUCACUCGAGAAACCUCGAGGCCCAAACGUACCAGCGACGACCUUCGUUCCUUAAUCGGUUUGCCAGCUGCCUGGUUCUUACCGUAAUGCUGCUGAUCGUUCUCACCGGAGCGCUCGGCUUUAUGUUCGCAACAUCUCAACCGCUCACUGAUAUCGAGCUUGUCAAGAUUGGCAACGUCUUAGCUAGCGAGCAGGAACUGAUGAUGGACAUUACCGUCAAAGCGCAUAAUCCUAAUGUCGUCGUUGUGAUGAUAGACACCGCCGACUUAGAGAUUUUUGCCAAGUCCCCGCACGCUGGUACCGACUCGGAAUGGUGGCGGCAUCCUAGCGGGGAUGAAUUUGGCACUCUGGACGAUCCGAAGAACGACCCGCCGAUUAUUAGAUUACCGGGCGAUCAUCACGACGACGACGGCAAACCUCCUGAAGAUAGUGCACCAAACAUGCGCCUCGGAAACGUCGUCGCAUUUGACAGUCCCUUGACUUAUGAGGGAUCUUUGUUCCAAGGGAGCAUCUCUAGUUCUACAGGCUCGUUGCGUCUAAGCCGACCCGGUAAUGGCACCGAUAGCGGCACCGAGCGAUGGGAACGCAUCAUCUCGGAUGAAUUCACGUUGAUUGUCAAGGGAGUCCUCAAGUACUCGUUACCUCUUAGUCAGAGAAUUCGAAACGUGGCGAUCUCAGGGAAGACAGUCGUGAAGCCGAAUUCCGCGAACAACCCAUCUCUCCGACCCAACGAGACGGAAAUAGCGAUACAAUAGUAUCGACGACACGGGCCACACCAGCCCACAAUCCACUUUAUUUUAUUUGUAUUUUCCACGCGAUUCUGUAUAUGGAGCGGGCAUGGCAGUCAUAAAGCAGGAGCUAGGCGUUGGAUCUUCGAGCAGGGACAUACGAUGAGGCCAAAGCCUUAUAUCCCAGGUUAUGGGAUUGCAUGAACUCGGUUGUCCUUUUUGAGGUGUUCAUU